CCGCUAGCGCUUGUGACUUGUUGGACUGCGGAUAAGCAAGCAAACUUCGCCAGAACGCCUUUUAAAAUCCAUUCAAACUCUUCUUUUGUAAGGAAUGGAACGGACGGGCUAGGAGGAUAUGCUACAAGGAUAAAAGGAAUACAAAAUGUCGGAAACUAAAAAGAAGAUCAAGCCGGGUCAGAUAGAGGCUCACCCAGAGGAGCUUGCCAUCGUUGUGCACUAUGAGGUCCAAGAAGUCUCAACUCAGCCCGAUGGCUCUCAGAAAGUUGUUAGCAAAGAGCCCGGCGAAAAAAAGAUCUCUGUCAAGUCGUUGUCGGAAAAGACUAACGUGCCUUUGUUAGCGACCGAGAUUAUUGAGAAAUGCAAGCUGAUUCACCCUUCGAAGGCUGGGCAAGUCGAGGAGCUGCUGUACCAGCUGCAGAACCGGGGAAAGGGGGGAGCAGCGCCUGCUGGUAAGGGCGCAGCAGCAGCGGCGCCUGUGGCGAAGGCCGCACCGGCACCGGCGAAGGGUGCCGCGCCUGCACCAGCGCAGCCGCCAUCGACGCCACAGAAGCCCGCUGGCCAACCCCCUGGCACACCACAGAAGAAGCCUCAGGCCGCUUCGCCAGCACCGGGGGCCACGCUUAAUGGAAAGCCCACAGCCAAGGCGCAGAGCAGGCUUGACGCAGAGGCCGAGGAGCGCGCGGAAUUGCAACAGCGGCGGCAGACGCAGGCGAACCAGAUCUUCAAAAUGCAGCAGAAACAGUAUGAGCAAGCGUACAUGAACAAGCUCCACACGUACAUCGAGGGCUUGUAUGAGGAGGACAUGAAUCUCAAGGUCCGUGCGACUGGCAUGAUCGCCCAGCUGUUCCGCAACACGGAGAAUUUUGAGACGCUUCUGACCCACGAGACGUUGCUUCAGACGCUGGCGCGUGUGCUUCGCGAGGACGGCAAGCGCUCGAUUGACUUGUGCACCAACAUCGUGUCAGUUUUCUUCUCCGUGUCCAACUUCACUCAGUUCCAUGGGGUCAUUAUGCAGAACCAGGUUGGCGCGCUGACCAUGGAUCUCAUCGAUCUUGAGAUCAAGCGCACGGAGCACAGGGCGGCGGAGGAGGGUAUCUCGCCUGCCAUGGUGGCGCAGAAGGCCCUGGAGGCGAGCCAAGGACAGGUGACUCUCAGCGAGCGUGAGAAGAAGCUCUUGGCGUUGAUUCAGAAGCAGGACCGCUUGCUGUACAUCGCUUUUUACAUGCUGCUCAACUUGUCAGAGGACAUUGAAGUGGAGCGCAAGAUGAAAAAGAAGAACAUCGUGGUGUACCUGGUCAAGAUGCUGGAACGUUCCAACGUGGAGCUGCUCAUCCUGGCCACUACUUUCCUCAAGAAGCUGUCCAUCUACAAGGAAAACAAGGAGACCAUGGCGAGCUGCAAGAUUGUGGAGAAGCUCAUGAAGUUUGUGCCGGUGCUCAAUGAUGUGCUGCUCAUGUCGGUACUGCGCCUGCUGCAUAACCUGUCCUUUGACAACACGCUACGGGACGACAUGGUAAAGCACGGACUCAUACCCAAGGCUGUGGAGCUGAUGUCAGUUCCCAGAUUCCAGCCGGUGGUGCUCGGCCUGCUGUACCACAUCUCCAUGGAGGACAAGUACAAGAGCCUCUUCACCUUUACAGAUUGCCUCAACAGGAUGUAUGACAUGCUCAUGCGCGUGCAGGACCUGCGCAACACCCCUGAGCUCAUUGCCCUGGCUGUCAACCUGACGCAAAACCCGCGCAACGCAGAGACGCUGUGCGAGGGCGACCGCUUCGACAAGAUGAUCCGCCGCGCCUUCCAGACAUGCGACGAACUGAUGUUCAAGGUGCUCCGAAACCUGUCUCAGCAAGACGGACUCGCCAUCAAGCGCCGUUUCGGACCGUACGUGGAGCAGCUCGUCACACUUCUGCGGGCGCCCGACAUCACCGCGGAGCUGUUUGUGGAGGUUCUGGGCUGUCUGGCCAACCUGUACAUCCCCGAGUUCGACUUCCUAGGGUUGGUGCGCAAACACGACCUGCUCACCUUCCUCGCCACGUAUGCACAGCCGGGCGCCGUGGACGAUGACAUCCUGCUCGAGGUGGUCAUGUUCGUGGGAGUGCUCUGCAACGAGGGCACUGCGCCGCUCAUCUGCCAGAGCGGACUGGUAGCAACGUUGUUCACGCUGAUGGGUGACAAGAAGGAGGACGACGAGUUUGUGCUUCAGAUCGCCUUCACGUUCCAUAAGUUUCUGCUGCACGACGAGACGCGCACCAUGCUGCUUUCUAAUACUCAGCAGGUGGUGUUUUACUUGGUGGACCUGCUGCAGGACAAGAACAAGGAGGUUCGCCGUGUGGCCGACCAGUGUUUGGACAUCAUUAUGGACACGGACGAGGAGUGGGCGGUGCGCAUCCGCAACCUCAAAUUCGAGUCAUUCAAUCAGGAGUGGCUGGACGUGGUGUCACAGCCACCAGACCAGAUGGCAGCGCACGCCCGACCGCGCCAUGGAUACGACGAGGCGGAGGUGGAUUACAGCGGCGACGGCUAUGGCUACCAGAUCAGCGACCAGCGCUUGGUGGCGGAUUUCGAAGACAUUGGCGGCGGCGGCGCAUGGGGCCCCAACGACGUGGGCAUCAUGCAUGCCAAUUACGACGGUUACGAGGGGACGUACGACGAGGAGGAGCUCCGGCGCGGAUACGCAAUGUGAGGAAAGGAUCACGGGGUGUUGCACCAGCAGCGGCGGCGGUGGCAGCACUGCCGCCAAGGCGCCGCUCUGGCAGUCCGUUCGCAAUGGCGCUGCCGGCGGCGGCGGCGGGUGUAUGCGGGAGCAGGGGCCAGUCAACCGCCCUCCUUUGUGGUUGUUGAUGGGGGCGGUUCUUGCCUUGUGCUUGUGGGGGAAGGUCUGCAGCACAGCGGCGUACUGGGGUGCGGUAGCGUAGCGGCUUUGUGCCGCACAGGGCACAGCGGGUAUGGCGGUAUAAGAAAUAUUUCCUUGCCUUGCGAAUGUGCUUUGGCGAGGCCCAAUCUGACUGCGCAAGCUAAUAAGCGGGAGGUGCCAUACUGCGCAUGGGGUCCAGGGCCUGGUGGAAGCACCUUGAAAGAAGGUGCGCUUAUGGUGGGGGAGGGUAUAGUGUUCGCGGCAAUGGCAGCGCGACAGUGGGCGUGAACGGGUUGGCUCUAUAGCCUUCCAGGGCCUAUAGAGUCGGCCAGUCGAUCAGCCUGAAGGGAGGUGGGAAUAGUGAGGGAAGCGCGCGACUAUAGCUCAUGUGUCAUCAUAUAUUGUCAUUCUGCGCGAUACCUCGUCCGUCCUCUGUACAUUUUCGUGCUGUCUUAGUUCCCGUGCGACUUCUUAGCAUAUUACAAAAUUUGGCGAUCCAGGAGGAGAGAUCCAAGCUGUGCUUUACUCCGUGCCUUUUUUGCUUCCUGCCUUCUAAUCGCGAUAGUACAGCUUUUUCCGGCAACGGUGGUAUUAGCAUCAUUUGGUCGACACCAUAUCAGCGUCCAGCGCCUGCAAAAUCUGCUGUGCUUCUUG